UCAAGCGGUAUGAUCAUGCAAUGAGACAGUAUUUGCGUGAUGGGCAUGCAGAAGUGAUAAAGAGCAGAAAGGAAAGCGACAGCGCGCAGGUCAUGUAUUACAUGCCGCAUAAAGAAGUAAUACGUGAAGAUGCAACAACAACAAAGUUAAGGAUCGUCUUCGACGCAUCUUCUCAUGCCAAAGGGUGCAGGUCGUUGAAUGAGUGCCUAGUAACAGGACCCAACUUGAACCCCGAGCUUCUGCAGGUUCUGCUUCGGUUUAGAUGGUACUCAGUCGCAAUGACCGCCGACAUUGAGAAAGCGUUUUUACAAAUUGCCAUCCGUGAAGAUGAUCGUGAUGCCUGUAGAUUUCUUUGGUUUGCUGAGGAGCCAAGUUUCCCUUUCAACAAGGAAGAAAUUCAAGAGUGGAGGAUGACUCGGGUUCCUUUCGGAUCCACGUCUAGUCCAUUCAUGCUCACAGCUACAAUACAACAUCACUUGAAGUUGGUCUGCGAAGAAGACCCACAAUUAGCAGAGAAACUCAGGACAUCUUUCUACGUUGAUGAUCUACUGCUCGGAGCCGACGAUAUUGAGGAUGCCGUGAGGCUCUACCACACUACCAGGAACGUCAUGAGACAGGCAGGAAUGACACUCCGGAAAUGGACUGCGAACAAUGAGCAACUGCAUGAGCAGUUCAACAAGGAGGAGCCAAAAUUUAUGACCGAAGAAAAAAGCCUCUCACCUUCACCAAUCUCCAAGGUACUUGGAAUGAUGUGGGAUCACGAAGGGGACUGCUUUAUUUACAAAGUUGAAGCUUUGCUUGAAUUCCUCUCAGCAAAUGUGGACACUAAACGGUUCAUCCUCAAGGCAGCCUCAAGAGUAUUCGAUCCUCUUGGAUUGAUUGCGCCCUUCGUCCUAACAGCUAAGCUGCUAUUUCAGAAGCUGUGGACAUUGGGAAUCAGCUGGGAUGAAGAACUACCCGCUGAUUUGAUCACUGAAUGGCACGCUUGGACGGCGGACCUUGUUCAACUGCACUCGUUAAGUAUACCAAGACAUGUCAAGCGAGGCAUCCAGGCAGGAGCCAACCAAGUACAGCUGCACGUCUUCGUAGAUGCAAGCACGAAAGCCUACGGAUCUUGUGCGUACUUUAGAACAGCCGAUGACCAAGGAAAAACAGCUACCAUGUUAGUUGUUGCGAAGACAAGAGUGGCACCGAUAAAAACCUUUAUCACUGCCUAG